UGGCCUAAAGAAGGGGGGGGGAGACAUGGGUCUGUCCCAGCGGGCCCCCUUCUUCUUCCUUUUUGGAGUGGCUGCCCUCCUGCUGGGGGGUUCCACCGGCUCCUCAUUCCACUCCCUGCACUAUUUCUUCACUUCUGUCUCUGAGCCUGGGCAGCAGGUGCCACAGUUUUUCAUUGUGGGCUACGUGGAUGAGCAGGAGUAUGUUUCCUAUGAUGCCAAAGCCAAGAGGCUUGUUCCUACAGUCCCCUGGAUAAGGAAGGUGGAGGAGAACGACUCUACGUACUGGGAGUGGAACAACCAGAUUGCGCAGAAUGCUGAGGAAGUCCUCCAAGAGGGCCUGGGCACCCUGGCUAUGUACUACAACCAGAGCGGAGGGGCUCAUUCCUGGCAGUUGAUGUAUGGCUGUGAGCUGAGGAGAGACGGGAGCAAAGGAGGGUAUCACCAGUAUGCCUAUGACGGGAGGGACUACAUCAGCCUGGACAAGGAGACCCUCACCUGGACAGCAGCCGAUGUCCCAGCCCAGAACACCAAGAGGAAGUGGGAGAGGGAGACACAUGAAGCCCAAUUUCAGAAGGCCUACCUGGAGGGGACCUGCAUUGAGUGGCUGCAGAGAUACCUGGUGUACGGGCAGGAGUCGCUGCUGAGGACAGAGGUGCCAGAAGUGAAGGUGACACGCAAGGUGGAGUAUGAUGGCAUGGAGACCUUGAUCUGCCAUGUUGGGGGCUUCUACCCCAAGGAGAUUGACAUCAACUGGAAAAGGGAUGGAGAAGUCUGGAUGCAAGAUAUCUACCAUGGCCUGGUGUCUCCCAACUCAGAUGGGACUUACUACACCUGGAGGAGCGUCACAGUGGACCCCAAGGAGAGGGAACACUACAAAUGCCACGUGGAGCAUGAUGCGCUUCCGAACCCUGUGGACGUGGCCUGGGAGGAGCCUGCCUCCAACUUGUGGCUCAUCAUCGGAUGUGUCGUGGGGGUUUUCUUCAUGAUUGCUGUGGUGGCUGGGAUUGCUGUGUAUUUCCAAAAACGUCAAGAUGGAUACAACAAAGCUGCAGCAAGCGACCAAGGAUCCAACAGCUCUGGGACAGUAUAAUUGGCGGAUCUGCCAGGAGAGAGAAGAGAGGAAGAAUAUAUCCACCUAAGCAUGUUGAGGAUCUCUUCGCUAAUCUUCAUCUUCUUUCCACCUGUACAAAUUUUGAGAAUAUUUUUGAUGUCAGGGAGCUGGGCUUGAGAUGAUUUAGUGCUUUUUUGCUGCAAUCAAGCAUUUUGGAAAGCAUUUUGCAGCUGAAAGGAUGAGCUUAAGUUUUUCAUCUGAUUUUUAAAAAAAUAUUUAUUGAUACUCCGUUUAAAUUGAAUCAAUCUGCUUUCCAUAAUAGGAAAAAAUAUCUCAGGAAUUAAUGUACAUUGCCUGCAAUCCUGUUAGUUACUUAUGCAUUAUGAGCACAACCUAUCUCUUUUUUUGGAUGGGUUCAGGGGGAUAUUCUCUGUCCCUUUGUGCCCAUCCAAAACCUGCUCAUUCUUGAGGGACCACUGCUGUUUUUGCUUAAUGGCAGAAUGAAGAAGAGAGUCCAAAGAGGAAGAGACCACCCAUUCUUUAAAUGUGUGAUGGGUUGUUUUGAGAAGUUGAUUGCAUUUCUAGCUCCAACUUCUCAAGGAGGCUGUUCAGGUCCUGAACCGGUGCUUGGCUGCUGUGACGGUCUGGAUGAGGGCGAACAAAUUGAAAUUGAAUCCAGACAAGACAGAGGUCCUCCUGGUCAGUCGUAAGGCCGAACGGGGCAUAGGGUUACAGCCUGUGUUGUACGGGGUUACACUCCCCCUGAAGAUGCAGGUUCGCAGCUUGGGUAUGAUCUUGGACUCAUCCCUGAGCCUGGAACCCCAGGUUUCAGCGGUGACCAGGGGAGCAUUCGCACAGUUAAAACUUGUGCGCCAGCUGCGCCCGUACCUUGGGAAGUCUGACUUGGCCACGGUAGUCCACACUCUGGUUACAUCCCGUAUAGACUACUGCAACGCUCUCUAUGUGGGGUUGCCUUUGAAGACUGCUCGGAAGCUUCAAAUAGUCCAACACUCGGCAGCCAGGAUACUAACAGGAAUGGCACUCAGGGAGCAUACAACUCUUUUGUUGCGCCAGCUUCACUGGCUACCAGUCUGCUACCGGGCACAAUUCAAAGAUGAAUUAUGGAUCAUGAAUUGGAGAACAUUGACCACAAGAUGAUUUUAUUGCUGCUAGUAUACUGUUUGAUUGUUUUAAUUAGUUAUAACUGUUGACAUUAUAUGGUAAAUUUGUGUAUUGUAUAUUGUAUUGUAUUUUGUGAAUUGUUAGGCAUCGAAUUGUGCCUUUUGUAAGCCGCCCUGAGUCCCCCCCUAGGGGGUUGAGAAGGGCGGGGUAGAAGCACUCCAAAUAAAUAAAUAAAUAAAUAAAUAAAAGUGCUGGCAUUGGCCUAUAAAGCCCUAAACGGUUCUGGCCCAACUUACCUGAUUGAACGCAUCUCCUCCUAUGAACCAGCUAGGACAUUAAGAUCAUCUGGGGAGGCCCUGCUCU